AUGACGAAAGAAAACAAUAGCUUCAAUGAAUUUUCAUUUUUAAAACCAAUAUCCAUAUCGGAUUUUGCUAAAUCCAUUGGUGUUGAUGCUUCAGAAAUAAUUAAAGAUUUUUUUCUAAAAGGAAAAUUAACAACUUUAAACACUAUUCUCUCAAAAGAAGAAUGUAAGAAUUUGUGUGAAAUAUUCAAAAUUACAUUUACUGAAAAACAAAAAUCUUACAAAGAGGAUAAUUUGUUUUCAGAAUACCUCGAUUUUUCAAAUUCAGAGAAUGUUGUUCCUAAGAUUCCUGUUGUUACUGUUAUGGGUCAUGUUGACCACGGUAAAACAACUUUACUUGACCGAAUUAGAGGAACAAAAGUAACUGCUAGUGAAUUUGGAGGAAUUACACAACAUAUAGGUGCUUAUCAAGUAACAAAAGGCAAUCAAAAAAUUACAUUUCUAGAUACUCCUGGACACCAAGCUUUUACCAAAAUGAGGUAUCGAGGAGCAAAUGUUACAGAUAUAGCGAUUAUUGUGGUUGCGGCAGAUGAUGGAGUUAAACCACAAACAAUAGAAGCUAUACAACAUGCAUUAGCAGCAAAAGUAAAAAUCAUUGUUUUCAUAAAUAAAGUAGAUAAAGGAAGAAAAUCUAUUCCUGUUCUGAAAAAUCAGGUUAUGGAGCACGGAUUAAUUCUUGAGGAAUUUGGAGGAGAUGUUCUUUGUGUAGAAGGUUCUGCUUUGCAAGGAACUGGUAUAGAUGAAUUAUUGGACACAAUACUGUUGGUUGCUGAAGUGUCAGAGUUUAAGACUACACAAUCUAAUCCUGCUGUAGGAACAGUAAUAGAGUCCAAUUUAGAAAAAGGCCUUGGGGCCGUAGCUACUGUUCUUUUGGAUAGAGGAGUUGUUAGUUGUGGAGACUUUUUGGUUAUGAAAUCAGCAAUUUGCAAAAUUAGAACCAUAACCAAUGAUGAAGGAAAAACUCUAAAAAAACUUGAAGCAGCAGUUCCUGCAAGAAUUACGGGAUUUAAAAAUUUACCGGAUGCUGGAGAUAGAUUUAUUUCUUUCUCAAAAGAGGCUGAAGCUAAGAAAUUUUUUGGGGAAUUUUCUAAAGAUAGUUUUCAAAAAGACUUGGUAUUUUUGGAAAAGAAUAAGGAUGUAGAGAAUUUAAAUAUUCUUGUAAGGGCUGAUGUUAGCGGUUCUUUGGAAGCUAUAAAAGAAAUUAUUUAUUCACACAAUAUUUCUAUUUCUGCAGCCAAUAUAGGUCCAGUAACAGAAGCUGAUUUGCAAUUAGCUUCUAUAACAGGAUCUUUAAUAAUGAAUUUCAAUCAAAAAAUCACUUCUUCUGUGCUUAACAGAGCACAAGAAAUGAGAAUAAAGAUUAAGAAUUAUAGAAGUGUAUAUGAAAUUGAAGAGGAUUUGAUUGAAAUAAUUGAAAACAAUAAAUAUGUGGAAUAUGUUGAGGAAACAACAGUGGGAGAUAAAGUUACUGUUUCUUCAAAACCAACAUCUACUACAACUUCUUCACAACCUGAUUCAGAUUCAACUUCAGAGGGCACUACAACUGAAGAAACUACUACAGGAACAACUACUGAUACCACAACAGAACAAGUUACUUCUUCAGGAGAAACAGCUGGUACUACAGAUACUGGAACAACCGGAACCACUACAG